AUGCCUCGCAAUAAGACUCAAGCUGCUAAAAAGAAGAAUCCGGAAAAUUUUAGAAGAUCUGUUGAAUCAGAUGUCUUUACUGACUCCGAAGCUCGUAAUCGGCUAGCGUCUCAACCAAAAAAAACUGCGAAAUCAAAGGUUCACAAACAGAGUCACUUGGAAGUUAAGAAAGAACAAAGAUCGGUACGGUUGUAUGGAAAAAAAAAACCACUUAGAGAAUAUACCGAAAAAGAACUUCAUAUUCCUGUAUUAAACAGAGCCAUAGUUCCUGGUGUUGUUCCGAAAGCUCGAGGUAAAAAGGGAAAGAAGUUUGUGGACGAUCACGAUUCUGUCGUUUUAACCAGACUUGUCAAACAAAUCAACGACAAAAAGGACUUGCUGAACGAGAGUAAAUUAGAGAAAUCACAACGUAUUGAAGAGAUCCGUGAGUUAAAGAAACAAGAAAUUGAAAAAAAAGAGGAGCUUAAGAAGCAAAAAUUGGACGAUAAGAAACAACAGAUUAAAUCGAAGGCCAAUACUGCAAGAGCUAUUCGAAGAAGGAACGCCAGAGAGCUUGCCAGAAAGGCGAAGGAAAACGCUGAUGAAAAACUAACUACUCGGAACAUUAAAAAACCUAUCAAAUCUGUGUCAUUUGCUUAA